UAGAAGAAAUGAAAAAAGAACAGCCAUUUGUGUUUGACGCGGCCAUCCUCAGCCGCAAGCAUGACAUCCCCGCCGAUCUCAUCUGGUCCGAGGAGGACCGACCGACCACCGACUCCGUCGACGAGCUCGACCUCCCUGUAACCGAUCUCGCCUGUUUUUUUUCCGGAAAUGCCGAAACUGCCCUUGAGAUCGCCAAGCAAGUUGGAGAAGCGUGCUCCAAGCACGGGUUCUUCCAGGUUACCAACCAUGGGAUUGAUAAGGGUUUGUUGGAAGAGGCUCAGAGAAGGACGGAGGAGUUCUUUACGAUGAGUUUGGAGGAGAAGGAGAGGGCUAAAAGAAAUGUUGGAGAGAUAUUUGGGUAUGCGAGUAGUCUUACUGGGAGGUUUACUUCUAAUUUGCCGUGGAAGGAGACGUUGACGAUCCCUACUAAUGCCGCUGAGGAGUAUAUGGUCAAGACUUUGGGUGAUGGCUUCCAACAGUAUGGGAAUGUGUUGCAGAACUAUUUGGACGCAAUGAAUAAGCUUGUUUUGGAGAUAUUGGAGGUAUUGGGGUUGAGCCUUGGUGUUGGUCGCUGGUUCAGGGACUUUUAUUCUGACAAUGACUCCAUCUUUAGGGUUAAUUACUACCCAUCUUGCCCAAAGCCAGACCUCACUCUUGGAACCGGGCCCCACUAUGAUCCGACCUCAAUCACCAUUUUGCACCAAGAUGAGAUCACUGGACUUCAAGUUCAUGUUGAUGGCAAGUGGUACACCGUCAGCCCUAAGCCUGACACCUUUGUCAUCAACAUAGGAGACACGUUCAUGGCACUGACGAACAAGAUGUACAAGAGCUGCUUGCACAGAGCCGUGGUGAACAACAUGUCAGCAAGAAAGUCGCUGGUGUUCUUUCUGUGCCCGAAGAAGGAUAAGAUCGUGCGGCCACCAGAGUCACUCAUUGACGCUGAGCACCCGAGAGCUUACCCUGACUUCACAUGGGCGGCGAUGGAGGAAUUCACUCAGAAACAUCACAGAGCUGAUACCCAGACUGCUAAUGUCUUUGCUCAGUGGCUUCAGAAGACCAAAGAGAAGGGGCUCACUAUUGAUUGAGAUUGAUUUAUGAUGAUAAGUGUGUUUGAGAGAUGGUCUCUUUUUAUGUGAAAUCCAAAGGAAUAAAUGAUUUUUGAA